AUGGACUGCCCUGCGCAAAGAGGCUGUGCAUCCACUCAGGGUCCUCAUAAAUUCUCCUCCAUUGACAUUGGCAGUAUACAUCGGGCAGUCAACCGAGAUCCUCAGCUCUCUUGUCUGAACCGAAGAUACCGGCUCAAUCAUUCCUCCUCCAGCUCGUCUGCUCUGUUUCUUCCCUCCAACCGCUUGACCACGCCAUCGCCUCCAUUUGUGACUCUUCUACCUUCCACUCCAUCCCACCUUCCAUCGUUCUCUUUUUCUUCGAAGCUCUCCUCGUUCACCGUUUAUCCCACCUCUUCUGCACCUCUGCUCUCCACGAGGCGCACCAUUUGGGCUGCCCGCCUGCUUCUCGUCCUCUUCUGCUAUGCUAGUCGACCACUAGCUUCUGCCUUAAUAAACUCUGCCAGCUCUGAAAAUGGGCCCAGCCUCGUCGGCUUCCCUCAAGUCCCUCUAACAUACGGUGAGGCACUUGAGUAUCUUGCCACGGUUGACAAACUGCUAGUCAAUGAGUUUCAGCCGGAAUGGCCAGAAAAGGCUAGUGAUCAUUCGCUGGGAAAAAAGGCUUCCAAAUUCAUAUUCUUUCAGGCCGACUCAGCCAACCCUCCGGAUGCGCUACCUGCGGCCGCGGCGGCGGCAGCAGCAGCAGCCGCGGCGGUGGCUUUGGAACCGCUAUUUGAGCUGGAAUCGCCACAAAUGGGAUUAUUCGGUCAGGCUGGGCAAGCCAAUGCCUCGAAUCCUCAUCAUUAUGCCGUCUAUCACCCGGGCAUCUCAAAUUCUGUAUCAUUCUUCUCCUCGGACCCCUUUGUCAGCAUGCUGCUUGACGGGAUUUUAGCCCUGUUGGCCAUCAUCUGCAACUCGUUCUUCAUUGUCCACGCGUCGGCAAUCCUCUUCACACGCUACUACCUUUACCAUCCAUCGCCAGUUAGGUCACAAUCCUCCUGUCCAACCAGUACGUUCACAUCUCGAACGGCAGUCUGCAGUCCGGUUGGGUUCAGGUUCGUGGUCGGCAGGCUUUUCCGACAUCUUUUUCCCGCUCGCAUGUCGAGCAAACACUGCCCUUCAAGCCACUCUGAUAACGAGGCUCUGACCUCAACGGCAGACGAUACAUCCGGCACCAAGUGCACUGGCGAUUUAGAUGCAAUUGCCAAUGAAACUGCGCCUUCCCCACCUCUCGCGAAGAGUGUGACCGCAGACUUAGGCCUCGAUUGCAUGCGUAUCACGUCUUCCUGCAAUUUGUCUGCUGGCUCGAACAAAUGGCCUGUCGUUAAUACGAGCUGCGACGACAUUUUGGUCGAAGAAGCCGCCAGGGAGUCAUAUCGGCGCCCAAAUGGCCAUCUCGAUCCGACAUCCCCGGACCCAAAGACGACUGGAUUGCGCCUCUCCAGCGACCUUGUCUCUUCUUCGUGGCUUCCAGGAGUCUCUAUUCUGAAACCACUGACCGGCAUAGAUCCGAAUCUAUGCGUCAACUUGCGAUCAUACUUUCUUCUCGAUUAUCCUUGCUAUGAAUUGCUCUUCUGUGUGCCUGAGCUGGAAAACCCAGUAUGCAGGUUGGUGGCCGAAUUGAUGCUCCAGUAUCCAAACGUUGACACCCGUCUUCUUGUGGGCGCCUCGCAUGUUGGCAUCAAUCCGAAAAUUAAUAACCUGCAUUUGGCCUAUGAGUCAGCUCGCUAUGAGCUCAUUCUCAUUUCCGAUUCCGGAAUUUACAUGAGAAGUGACACCUUAACUGACAUGAUUGACGUGAUGCUAUCUGAAGACAGAGUUGGCCUUGUUCAUCAAGUGCCAUUUAUCUAUCCCCACCUCCUGUCCGUGGAUGCUAAAAUGGACCAGAGCGAUGGGUCUAUGCACAAAAGAUACGAGAAUCAACUUGCAGCAGCCUGCUUAGCUGGUCGUCGUUCCUUUGGGGUUGGACUCACUUUUGGCUCCCCAGAAUCAUCAUGCCCAAAGGUGAGUAAACGAUACAUUAUGUAUGUACUGGUGAUCUCGGUGUUUUAUAGAAAUCGACGAGAUACCAAUUAA